AUGAGAACUUACUGGUCUAUAGAAUCCUCCGAUGACGACUUCGGCCCUGCUCUCCCCUCUGCGGCGCCGAAGAAGAAGCGGCGUCGCCUGCCGUUCGAGAAGGUCUACGUGAACGCCCUGCCGGCGUCGGCGCGGUACUCCAAGUCGUUGAUGCACAAGGAGCAGCUGUCGUACGUGACGGUGGCGCCCUGGACGGACUUCCUGAUCACGGCCUCGGUGGACGGGGUGGUCAAGUUCUGGAAGAAGAUGGCCGUGGGCGUCGAGUUUGUCAAGGAGUUCCGCGCCCAUACGGCCGAGAUACGAAGCACGAGCAUCAGUGCGGAUGGGCGGAGUUUUGCUACGGCUGGAGACGACAAGACGGUCAAGAUCUUUGAUGUGAUUACGUUCGACCUCCUGGCUAUGUUGACGCUGGAGUUCACCCCCCGCUGCGUGUGCUGGGUACACAAACGAGGGGCGUCGCUCCCCCUGCUGGCGGUGACGGACGAGUCGAGCAGUACGAUCCAGGUGUUUGAUGGGCGCGGCGAGAACCCAAUCCCGCUACACACGGUGAAGUCGCUGCACCGGACGCCCGUGGUGGCGCUGGCGUUCAACGACGCCUACGACUGCGUGAUCUCGGCCGACGAGAUGGGGAUGGUCGAGUACUGGCGAGCGAGCGACGGUUCGUUCGAGAAACCGGACAAUGUGUUUGAGCUCAAGUCGGCCACGAACCUGUUCGAGUUCCGCAAGGCGAAAUCGACGCCCGCGUCGAUCACCGUCUCGCCGACGGGAGAGCAGUUCGCGGCCUACUCGUUUCCGGACCGGCAGGUGCGCGUGUUCGACUUUGCGACGGGCAAGCUGUACCGCAAGUACGACGAGUCGUUGACGACGCUGGCGGAGAUGCAGCAGGCGGGCACCGGGCUCGUCACGCUGGAGGCGCUGGAGUUUGGGCGGCGGAUGGCGGUGGAGCGCGAGCUGGAGAACCCGGUCUCGCGGUCGCGGGUCAACGUGCUGUUCGACGAGUCGGGCCAUUUCCUGCUGUACGGCUCGCUGCACGGGGUGAAAUGCAUCAACACGUACACGAACCGCGUGGUGCGCGUGUACGGGCGCGACGAGCCCUUCCGCCCGCUGAAUCUCGCCCUGUACCAGGGCCAACCGCAGAAGAAAGGCGUGGUGACGGUCUCGAUGGCGGCCAGCUCCAACCCACUGCUGCAGGAGGCCGAGGAGCGCGACCCGAUCCUGGUCAGCACGGGAUUCGGCAAGGUGCGCUUCUACCUGUUCACCAACGAGACGGAGAUCGCCAAGGGCACGCGGGACGUGCAGAACGAGAAGCCGACGCCGGGAGCGGGCAGACACGCAAAGGAAGGCCAAGACGACGCGGCCGCCCUCGAGUCCGGCUCGUCGGCCAUCCUGCACACCACCCUGGGCGACAUCCACCUGCGACUGUUUGCCUCUGCGGCGCCCCGGACGGUCGAGAACUUUGUCACGCACGCCCGGCGCGGCUACUACAACAACACCACCUUCCACCGGGUGAUCCGCAAGUUCAUGAUCCAGGGCGGCGACCCCAACGGCGACGGCACGGGCGGCGAGUCCAUCUGGGGCGGCGAGUUCGAGGACGAGAUCUCUCCGGCCCUCAAGCAUGACAAACCGUAUACCCUGUCGAUGGCCAACCAGGGCCCAAACACCAACGGCAGCCAGUUCUUCAUCACAACGGAGAAGACCCCCUGGCUGGACGGCAAACAUACCAUCUUCGGCCGCGCCGUGCAGGGGCUGGAUGUCGUGCAUAAGAUCGAGAACGUGCGCACGCACAAGGAGAAGCCGGAGCAGGAUAUCAAGAUUGUCAGUAUCAGCGUGGCAUAG